ACAACAAAAAAAUCUUGUCAUGGAGUCAUAGUCGUUGACGACGGGUGCCAAAAGUGGAUCGGGGACAGUUUAUUUUAUUGAGAGAAAAUAACGAAUAAGAUUCUGCCAUAUGUUUACACAAGCUGGGCUCUGACAGUACGUUUCCCGCAUCGAGAUGCCUCAGGUCGCUGAUCUAGAUAGUGUGUGGAACCAUCUGAAAAAGCAAAAUAUCGACCUUGAAGAGGAUCCACCACCUCCAGAGAAAUAUGGUUGGUUAUCCGUUUUCUGCAGCCUCUUGCAUCCGAAAUCCAAUUUACUGCCAGCCGAACUUUCUGCCGAUAAAACUGUGCUAAUCAAGCUUUCAAAGUGCCCAUUCAGUCAUGAAGACUCUGUCCAUGUGCAAAUGCUCUACACAUUGUUUAACAAAUUGACAGGCUUGAACAGUCCCGCAGCCCUUGGAACUCAUUGGGAAAUUAUUGGAUUUCAGGGAGCAGAUCCAGCUACUGAUUUCCGAGGAGUAGGAAUCCUAGGCCUUCUGCAACCUUUGGCUGUGUCACUGUCUGUCGAAACUUUGCCUUUCAUGUCAAACAUUGUGAAUCUCUCUCACAACCCUAGUCAAGGAUUUCCCUUUAUGGUUUUAAGUCUGAAUGUCUCCAAUAUUAUUCUAAAAGCAUUGAAAGAUGGAAUAUUAGACAAAAUGAUACAGGAAAAGGAGACUGUAUUAGGAGUUGCCAAUUUGUGCUAUUCAUCAGUUUUAUUUUUCAUCUAUGACAACUGGAAAAAAGAAAAGCUCACCCUAUCAGAUUGUGGCCCUAUUAUGAAAAGAGCUGAAAGUAUCUGCAAGAAAGAAUUGAGUCAAUGCGUCAUCAGGUUUGAAAAACACAUAGAGGACCUUAAAAUCCUCAACCAAACACCUGCUGUCCAGCUGGAACAAGUGCAAUUCGAUUUCAUUAAAGGCACGUCGGCCAUGGCAUCGUAGCGCCAAAGCCAAAGUGUUGGUCCGUCUGCGGUUGUUAUUAUUAGUAAGGUUUUUCAUUUUUUGAUCGCGUGUGUCGUAAAGAAAGUGUUUAGGGGAUGAGUCAAAAUCCCGCUCUCAAUUUUUGCUUUUUUAUUUGUUUAAUUGCCUGAACUGAACUGAUAUAACUUAUUUUACAAAUCCCUUUGAUAAUAAUAUUUAAAAAAUCCAAACACCACUUCAAAAAAUGGCGGAAUCUGGUGCCCAUCAAGGUUAGCUCUCUACAACUUUUAUUAUGAUUUGAUAAAUGAUAACUUUUGUUGUGAAAAUACACCUGUACAUCAAGUCAAA